AUGCACACGCCAACACACCACCAUACAACCAACACCAACACACCACCACACUACCACCGACACCACCACAGCAGCAACACACCACCAUACCACCAACACACCACCACCACACCACCAACACACCAGCAACAAACCACCACCACACCACCAACACCAACACACCACCAUAGCAGAAACACACCACCAACACACCACCAUACUAGCAAAACACCAGCAACACACACACACGCCAACACACCACCAUACCAGCAACACAAAACCAACACCAACACACCACCAACACACCACCACCACACUACCACCAACACCACCAAACCAGCAACACACCACCAUACCACCAACACACCACCACCACACCACCAACACACCAACAACAAACCACCACCACACCACCAACACCAACACACCAGCAACACACCAGCACCACACCACCAACACACCAGCAACACACUACCACCACACCACCAACACCAACACACCACCAACACACCACCACCACACAACCAACACCAACACACCACCACCACACAACCAACACACCACUACCACACCACCAACUCACCACCACCACACCACCACCACAACACACCACUAACACACCACCACCACGACACCACCAGACCACCAACAUACUACCAACACACCACCAACACACCACCACCACACAACCAACACACCACCACCACACCACCAACUCACCACCAACACACCACCAACUCACCACCAACACACCACCACCACAACACCACCACACCACCAACAUACUACCAACACAACACCAACACACCACCAACACACCACCAACAUACCACCAACACACCACACUACCAACACACCACCAACACACCACCACCACACCACUAA